AGAACCUGACAUGGAAUGUUUCAUUCAUUUGGAAAACACUUCCUGUACACGGGCCUGGAAGGAGGAAGUUGCCACUCACAAUAUGGCGGAUGGAGCAACGUAUGGUUUCUCCUGAGCCAAUGCGGUGUCUGCCCUGCCCCUAAUGGGCAAAGCAGGAAGGGAGGACAGGUAAAGGCGACUGCGACCUACAGAAUCUUGGCGAUGGUGAAGCAGGAGCAGAAGGAGUCAUCCGACCGGCCCGACAACACUGCCUUCACCCAGCAGAGGCUUCCAGCAUGGCAGCCCAUUCUCUCCGCAGGCAUUGUUAUUCCAGGGUUUGUCCUCAUUGGGCUUGCCUUCAUCGGCGUUGGAGUUGGUCUCUUCAUUACUUCACAGAACAUCCAGGUUCUGGAGCUGGACUACACUGGAGCCGACACAGCCAAUCCCUGCUAUGAAUGCGGUCGUCAGAGUACUAAAAACUGUGUGUGCACCAUGGAGUUCUCCCUCAGCACUCUGUUUAAGGGGCCUGUCUUCUUCUACUACGGCCUAACCAACUACUUUCAGAACCAGAGAAGAUAUGGCGUGUCUAAAGACGACACACAGCUGUUUGGAGACUUGGAUGCCAUUAAAACUCCCACUAGCGACUGCGCGCCGUUUGACUAUGACGGCAACAAUAGGUCAAUCGUGCCUUGUGGGGCGUUGGCAAACAGCAUCUUCAAUGACACCUUUAAGCUCUAUGUGAAGACCAACAACAGCGGGAAAAAGGAGGUGCCCCUCGAUGGGAAAGGCAUCGCUUGGUGGACAGACUACAACGUCAAACACAGGAAUCCCGACGUGACGCCGCUGAAAGACGCCUUCAAAGACACCGUUAAGCCCAUAAAUUGGCCCAAACCUGUUUAUGAGCUGGACACCACCGAUGAGUAUAACAACGGCUUCAUCAAUCAAGACUUCCUGGUGUGGAUGAGGAGGGCCGCUCUGCCAGAUUUCAGGAAGCUGUAUCGGCGAAUAACAGCUGAUGAAUAUCAUGAUGGUCUACCAGCUGGAAACUACUCUCUGGAAAUUACCUACAACUACCCGGUCCUGACCUUCAACGGCAGAAAGAAGGUGGUGCUCAGCAACGUUUCCUGGAUGGGAGGAAAGAAUGAUUUCCUGGGCAUUGCCUACCUCGUCGUUGGUUCCCUGUGCAUCGUCAUGUCCAUUGUGAUGCUCAUCGUCUAUGCUAAAUUCAAAUUCCCCGAAGAAGACUGAGCAUCUAAAGAAAAUAAACGCCAAAGGAAACAUGGAAACAUGUUCUUGUGGUUGAGCAACCUCAGUUGGCAACAGCUCUGGCUUCAGACGAAGAGUCGGAAUGACCUGAGAGCUGAAGUCACUAUGAUGAAGUUAGGAUUUUUUUUAGUUUUAAUAUAGUGCUAGUACAGUUUAAAAUGUUUUAUCUCUGCCUUUUUUUCCUCUUCAGAGUGUGAGGUGCUUCCUCCUGUAAGGUCAAUGAUCUUAAAGCCAUAUAUGUAAAGCUAUUUAACACUAAUCAGGUAGUUACAUUUGAUAAAUAGCUUUCAUGCAAAUGUUGUAUAAAUUGUAAAUAUUUACUUUUAACUCAGGGAUAUGGUCUGCAGGGUACUCUUGUCAUGUUUUCUAUUGGUCAGUUUCAAAGCCUUUUUGUUUCUAACUUUUACUGUUGAAAUGGUUCAUCUUGGUAUUUAUUGAAUAAAACAUCAAGAUCUUA